AUGCCAAAUAAGAAGAGUAUUAAUGAUGAGAAAAAAGAUAUAUUUGGUAGGAAUUUGUCCUACUUAUUAAGCUGUACCUCAGAUAUAAAAAAUUUAAAAAAAUCGAUGUUUAUUCUCAUGAUUUUGAAAGUGGGGUAUACACCACUACAUUUACUACUUAGAGAUGGCCACUUACAAAAAGCUUUCAAAAUUUAUAAGAUUUGGAAGGAUGAGAAGGAAUUUCUUUCACAUAAGUACGGUGGCCAUGUAUUUAAUCAGUUAGAUCAUGAUGGAUUAACACCAUUUGAAUUGUAUGGAUUAGAAUUACAAAGCAAGAUUUCUAGAUUUCCAAAUUAUAUUAAUUAUGAAUAUGAUGACAUAUUGGACUCCAUUAAACCACAUAUAUCAUGGCAAAAUAAUGAAAAAUUUUCAUCUUUAGAGAUUAAAUUAGCAUUAUUUGAACUUCCGUUAGAUAUGCAUUCUCAGCGAGAGUUAAUACAAUCUGGUGGAACUCAUAUCUUAUCAUAUGGUUCCAACUUUAAUUAUCAGUUAGGUACUGGUAAUAAAGAUGAUCGCCAACAGCUAUUCCAAUUAGAUAUAGAAUGCCUUGAUAGACAAGGAGAAUUCCUAUCACAAACAAAAACUUUUAGUAGGAUUAAACUUACAAGAUAUCAUUCGAUAAUUGUAACUUCAGAUAAUAAAAUAUAUACAUGUGGGAAUAAUAGCCGUGGUAGACUGGGAAAUGGUUCUAUAGAUACCUCACAACCUAAUUAUUUAGAAAUUCUAGAUUUGGAAGAAUCAAAUUUUCAACAACUUUCAAGCAGUGAUCACCAUACAUUAGUGUUAGAUGAAAAUGGAUCAGUAUAUUCUUGGGGCUGGAACGCUUACGGUCAAUUAGGCUAUAACACAGGCUCCAACAAAACAGUAAAGGACGAUUUUCCAACAAAUGCUUUCUCAGCUGUACCGAAAAAAAUUUCAUUCUUAGAUUUCCAAGAUAUAAAAUUUAUUUCAUGUUCUAAAAUUCAUUCAUGUGCAGUAUCAAAAAAUGGCACAAUUUAUCUUUGGGGCUUAAAUGUUGGCCAAUUGGGUGUAUCAAAGCCUCUUCAUUUAUCUCCUGAUACUGAACAUGUAGGAGCACCUGGUUUUAUCACUAGAACACCUGUAAGGAUUUCAUUACCGAAUAUUAAAAUUGAACAAGUACUUUGUACAGAAUUUGCCACUUUUAUUAGAGCCUCUGGGAACAUUUUGUAUGUUUAUAGCAACUAUUCAACUAAACGAUUUAAAAUCCCACUUCCUAGAGCUAAAAAUUUUAAACCAAGAAAUGAAUUUGCUCAUUUUACCCCAGUACAUAUUCCCCACAAAGUUACCGACAUGAAAUGCCAAAAUACAUAUGGUAAUAAUCUUUGUUUUAAAUAUGAAUGUGGAAGAAUUGGUAUUAUCAAUGUGAAAGCCGAAUCCCCUGCUAUGUGGAGUAAUUUCAAGAACACUUUGCCUGUUUCAUUAUAUUGGACACCAAACUAUAAAUUUAAAAGAUGCCUAAAUUUUGAUGUGGGACAAUUUGGAUCAUUGAUAUUGUGUACAUUAGGAGGUAGUGUGCUAACCUCCCAAGGAAUUGGUAAACCAUUUGAAAAAGUAUUUAGCAAUAAAUUAAUAUCAGGGAGAGCAGUAGAUGUCUCUUGUGAUUCAGUCUUUGGCUCUUUUUCUAUUUUAAAAUCAGAAUCAAAUUCUAUUCCAAUUUUAUAUCCUAAAGAUUCAAUUAAUUUUUCCUUUUCUAAAUAUUCACCAUUAUUUGGCAUUACUGACCGAGGCUUCGAUUUAUAUGGCCCAUUAACAUUCAACAUUAUAGGACAUAAAGAAUAUUUAACAAAUAAAAAUGCCAUAUUUUAUCCAGAAGAAGAGGAAGAUUCUAAAGUAGCGCUGAUACCAAAAUUUGAAAAUGAAGGAUACAGAUUUGAUGCUACAAAUUCUUUAGUGUCUCAAAUUGUAAACAAUAAAUCAUCAACUUUCAAUGUUAUAUUUAGAUCAGAGAGUAAUGAAAUUAUUUGCAGUUGCCAUCAAUUUAUAUUAUCAGCAAGGUGUAAAAAUCUAGUUAAAAUACUUAAGAGCAAAGGUAUUUUCACCACUAAUGAUAAUUCAUUAGAAUUAAACUUUCAAUGCUCUGAUAACGAUAAUCAUUGGGAAAUCGUUAUACAAAAUAGAACUGAAUGGAUAGCAAAUAGAAUGUUUAAAGAAUUUGUUCAUUUUCUGUAUACCGAUGAAAAACCUAUGGGAAAAUCUUGGAAAUUACUAUUAAUGCUGACUGACGAUUCCAUUCAUAUGUCAAAAUUGUCACAUGCCAUACGAAGCACCUACCCAUUAGAAAAUACUUCAAGCAAUAUUACUUCUAUUUUGCCAGACGUGAUUAUUUAUUCAAAAAAUGGACAUGUUGUUGCACACUCAUUCAUCUUACUCUCAAGGUCACAAUUCUUUAGUAUCAAGUUAUCCCCCCCUUGGAUAAAACUAAGCAAAGAUGGCAUGAAAAUGAUCCAUUUAGAACAUAUCGAGGGGGCAACAAAAGAGAAUAUUCAAUCAAUUGUGAAAUUUUUAUAUGGGUUUCAAAUGAAUGAAAUCUUAGAGGAUUUGAAAUUCGAAAGUACUUCUGAAAUUGUUCAUUACCUUAUGGCGCUUCUUGCUCUUUCAGAUGAAUUUAACUUGGAGUAUUUAAAAAAUAUACUAGAAUGCAACCUUGAUAAGUUCAUUAACGGGAGUACAGUCAUUACAAUCUUUAUGAACUCAGUUUUUGCGCAUUCUAAGCUAUUGUCUAUGAACUGUUGUUUUUUUAUUUUAACAAAUAUUGGAUUACUAUUCUCUCGCACAAAUAUUGAAUUAAUCGAUAAGGGUUUUUCUGACAAAGCUUGGAACUUACUUGAAAAAUAUUUGAUUACGCUGAAGAAUGGUCUGACUAUUAAAAAUUACAACCAAUAUUCACCCUGGUAUAACCAACCCAAUACUGACUGGGUCAAUUUGUUUUGCAGCAACCUUAAGGUGUUCAACGAACGAUUUAUUGGGAAAGAUAGUAAUUUUAUUCAAGUUGGAACUGAAUCUAGCGAGAGCCGUAAAGGUUCGACUUCAAGACGAAGAUCUUCUUUACUCCAUACUAGUAGACCAAGUUCAAAAGAUACGGAUAACUCAAGUAGCAGAAGAUCAUCACAUACUAUACAAGAUAUUUCUAGUGGGAAAGAGAUCUGGAAACAACAGUACACACUUAGUGGUAAUAGCAACAAUGGCUUAUUUGAUGAUAGUCAUGAUUUCAUUGAAGUAACUAAACGCACAAGAAGAAGAUACUCUGACAGACUUCCACCAGAUCUGAAAGCUCCCCAAUUAAUAAAUAUUCCAGGGAAAGAUAACAGUGAAGUUUUAAUUCACUCUACAGUUGAAGAAUCGAAUAGAAAUCUUCCAUCUCUUUUGAACACAAAGUAUGAUACAAUAAAGAAUACUGAUAUAAAACAGCCAGAAGAAGGAAACUCUAAAACCAAGGUUUCAAACUUUAAGAAAUUAACACAAAAGGAACGUAUAAAACAGCGCCAGGCUGUAGAAGAAACAUUAAUAAAAAUGAAAAGCCAAGAAGAACAAUCAAAAAACAAACCAGUCUGGGGUAAUUCUAAAGCCAAUCAUACCAAUAGGCAGGUUUCCAAUUCAAGAAAAAAUGUUUUACCUUCUUUAUACGAUGCUGAAUCUUUACAUUCUAUAAGAGACUCUUCUCCUGUGACUAACACCGAACCUAUUCGUCUAAGUGCUGCAACAAUUGUCGCUAAAAAUAUACCAUUAGUAGAAAGAACCAUAAAACAUUCCUCUAAAAAUUUAGCUGAAGAUAAUCUUAAUGCAAAAGUUGAUAGUAUCAAUGAAAAAGAACAAAAACUGGAACAACAACAAGAAGUUAUCAAUCACGAUAACAAGAAUACGGUUAGCAAAAUCAUCAAUCAUACUAAUGAUAAAAAGAAAUAUAAAAAGGAAAAAAUACAAGGUAAUUACAAACCUUCAAAUUCUCCACCAAGCAGUAAAGAUGGCAACAGCAAUAACUCUCCUGAUAGCUCUAAGGGAAAUAAGACUUCCAGGAGUGUUAGUGAUAAAAAUACAGCCAAGCAUAAAGAGGGUUCUUUUGAAAAAAAGAAUAAUAUUGGUAAGAAAAACAAAUCAUCAAACAAACCUAAAAUAAAGGAAACUUUGAAGAAGGAACUACCUGAUAAAAAUUCUAAUGAUAAUAGCCGUAAUGGUAACAUUGUUCAUGUCCAUAAACCUUCGAACCAACAAAAGGAUGAUAUUGAUCCAGCUAAAGAAUUUGAAAAAUGGUUUGCUUUGGAAAGUGCGAGAAUUCAACAGCAAAUGGAUCAACGUGAUCAUUCAAUCUCUAAUGAACUAGAAGCUAUAUAUAGCUCUUCACAAGCUCUACCAGAUUUCUUAAUCCAGGAAGAACAGCACAGAAAAACGAAAAAUUUAAAACAAAGUUCUCUAGAAAGAAACAUAGCGACGAUAACCAAGUAUACUUAUUUGAUAUGA